AUGGCCGGGCGGCAGAGAGGCGCGGGGCGUCUCUGGGCUCUGGGCGGCGCCGCGCUGGGGGCUGGCCUGGCGGGGGUCGCCACGCAGCUGGUGGAGCCCAGCACGGCCCCGCCCAAGCCCAAGCCGCCCCCACUGACCAAGGAGACGGUGGUGUUCUGGGACAUGCGCCUGUGGCACGUGGUGGGCAUCUUUUCGCUCUUCGUGUUGUCCAUCAUCAUCACGCUGUGCUGUGUCUUCAACUGCCGUGUACCACGGACACGGAAGGAGAUUGAGGCCCGGUACCUACAGCGAAAGGCGGCCAAGAUGUACACAGACAAGCUGGAGACAGUGCCUCCUCUCAAUGAACUCACAGAAAUCCCUGGAGAGGAUAAGAAGAAGAAAAAGAAGGACAGUGUGGACACAGUGGCUAUCAAGGUAGAGGAAGAUGAGAAGAACGAGGCAAAGAAGAAGAAAGGAGAGAAAUAA